AUGAGAAGGAAGCUAAGAAAUGGAAAGGGGGCCCGCGCUGGGAUAUGCCCAGGCGCGGGCGAAAUCGCUGGAGCGCUGAGGCAGUCGCGCGCGGCUAAGUCCCCACUGCAAGGGCGGGCUAGCGGCGCGCGCCCGAAAACCGCCGGCGCCGGCGCGCUGAGGCACUCGCGCGCGCCUAAGUCCCCACCACAGGGGCCAGGCUAGCAGGCGCGCGCAACGACCGAGGCGCCCCUGUCGAGCUGAGAGUGGACUCUUCACACAAGCGUCAAUCUCGAGUUGCCGAUUCUACCACCGACGCUGAAUACCUCGCCCUCUCGCAUGCUGGCAAGGAAGGGAUCUACCUCAGUCAGCUGCUCGAGGAGCUCCAUGUCCAACCUGUUGCACCGGCUCACAUUUUUACUGACAAUGAAGCCGCUGCCGCAGUUGCCCACGACCCUGUCCGCGUCUCCGGCACUCGACACAUACGCUUGCGCGAGCACUUUGUGGGACAUGGUGAAUCGGGGCGAUAUCUCACUCUCGCAUGUGGAACCAGCAACAUGGUGGCCGACAUCUUCACAAAGGCUCUUGGCCCAAAGAUUUUCUCGACACACUGCUACGCACUAGGCCUUCGCACUCGACACCCACGGCUUGGAUCUGCCUCGCAUUCGCGUGGGGGGGGGUGUGAAGAGUCCACUCUCAGCUCGACAGGGGCGCCUCGGUCGUUGCGCGCGCCUGCUAGCCUGGCCCCUGUGGUGGGGACUUAG